UGGAUGGUGGUGUGUGGCUGUCAUGAGAAAUAUGUGUCGUCCUAAUUAGUUAAUUUUUCUUAACAAGAAGUAACGUGACCUGUAGUAUUAGCAAUGGGAGCAAAGGAUUCUAAACCAUGUUGCAUUACAUACGAGGAAGCUGUCAAAAGGGUUACUGACGCAGAACUUAAACGACUGAAGGAGGCAUUUAAAAGAGUUUCAACUCUUAAUGGUUGUAUAACGAAACAGUCGUUUAUAAAGGAUGUUAUGGGGGAAGGAGUGCCUACACCAGUGGCUGAGUACAUCUUUAGUGCUUGUGGAGGAACACAGAAGGGAAUAGUUCUUAAAGACUUACUUUGUGGUCUUGUGCUUCUGACUAGAGGGCGAGAGGAGGAGAAGCUAAAAUUUCUGUUUGGGCUUUACUCAAAUGAAAGUGGAAGUUAUGUAGUUCGUGAUGAACUUCAGCGUAUGCUUCAGGCCUGCGAGAAUGGUUAUGUUCCUGAUUCCAUUGCUAGUCUUUUCUCAGAGCGAGACCGUGCUACAUAUGAAGAAUUCCGUGACUGGCUGAUGGCCCAUCCUGAUGCAACAUCUCUGAGUCGAUGGUUGCUCUCAGAGCCAUGUACUGUUACACUCAGCAAUGAAUUGGAGACACCCACAUUCUACCAAACCCUGGCAGGGGUUACCCAUUUGGAAGAGACAGAUAUCAUGGAGUUGGAGAAACGAUACUGGCUCUUGAAGGGACAGUCACGCACUGGAAAAUUGGAUCUGGACACCCUAAUUCCACUCAUCAGUCCCCCUGUUCCAUUAUCAGUUUGUCCAGGAGUGUUCGGAGCUUUUGAUGAGAACCGUGAUAACCAUAUUGACUUCAAGGAGAUGGCCUGCGGAAUCUCAGCAGCGUGCAGAGGGCCACUUACAGAGAGGCAGAAGUUUUGCUUCAAGGUAUUUGACAGUGACAGAGAUGGAGUUCUCUCAGAAGAAGAACUGGGGCACAUGAUUGAUGUUCUACUGUUUGUUUGCCAUGAGAACAAGUCUCCUGAAGAACUGGCACUGGAUCCUUAUGGACAGGCUGACACAGCAGCAAUCUUGGCUGACAUCCGGAAGCAUGCUAGUGGUGAUGGACUGACAACUGAGGAAUAUCUUAUGUGGACAGUGAAUAAUCCUCUACCAAUGGACUUUCUGAAUCUCUUAUUCCAAGUAUGUCACAUUGUUCUUGGCCUACGGCCAGUAUCACGAGAGGAAGAGGGAGACAUUGUGAGAGGAUGGCUGGAAAGGGAGGAACGUCGUGGAUACAGAGUUGGUCAGUUCUGGUAUCUGAUUGCUAUUGACUGGUGGAAAAGCUGGACCGAUUAUGUCACUUACAGGGCUGGCAGUGAGAGUCCAGUGAGCAACUCAACAAAUGGAAGCGUCCCAGGAAGCAAUACAGGUAGCUUGAAGCGCACUGGCCGUCUGUCAGGAAAACGAAUGCAGCAGCAGUGCUCCCUUGUAGAAGACUGUGUUGCCCUAGACAAUAAUAGUUCUGUGGUGGUAACAGGCAUAAAUCCACUUGACAGUGCAGUGCCAUGGGAUGCACUUGGUUGGCAACAGCGUGCCCUCGGGGCAAGUCCAAAGAAAGCCAGUUCCAGCUCAUUGAGUCUUUUGGGCACCCAGGAUUGUUCUAGGUCUCCUAGUGUCACAUCAAGUCCCAGCCAUUCCCCACGGCAGCCAAGGAAGGCCAUGCCAAGUUACUCAGUGGGCCCUCCCCCAGCACCAGGUCCUAUAGAUAAUACAGUUCUGGUUGCAACCCCUGCUUGCAAAGUGGUGACACUCACAGGUGAGGGAGGGAAACUGAAGCGAAACCUGAUGCUAGUGAGAUGGCGAGACUUUGAGUUGGUACCUGACUCACUGUGGAAAGCUCUUUUCCAGUGGUAUGGAGGUGCUCCUGCUUUGCCUAGACAGGUUAUAAUUCCCAAGAACAGUCAACAGUUGGAGCUAGAGUUAUAUCCGUUGAAUCUUCGUUUGCUUCGGCACCAAGCUCAGCCUGUCCGAGCUCCACAGACAACAUGGUCUGGAAUGGUAGGAGGAUAUGGAGCAGCUGCCCUCAGCACAACAGGCUAUGCGUAUGUGUCAAACCUACCAACACCUCCAAAACGUUACCUAGCUUAUGUGGCUGCAUUCAGUCGCAUGGCAACAGUUAAGCAGGUGUAUGAUUUUUUAUGUUCUCGCUUGAGGAUUCGGCCAGAAGACAUGAGACUUUGGCAUUACCGAGAUGAGAACAACAUGUUGCUGAUAGAGGAUGAGGAGCCAACACUGGAGGACCUUGGUGUUUUAGAUGAAGACCAACUUCUCAUAGAGGUUCGAAACAAAGAUCUCACAUGGCCAGAGGAGAUGGGAUCACUUGCCAUACCAAUGCAGGAUAAACGUAAGCAGGUGCCUACAGAAAAGGGAGCUACUGGUCUUAACAAUCUGGGUAAUACAUGCUUCAUGAACGCAGCACUGCAGUGUGUGAGCAAUACGUGUGCUCUCACGCAGUACUUCACAGGCAACAUGCACCUUUAUGAACUGAAUAGGAAUAACCCACUGGGAAUGAAGGGACAUAUUGCUAAACGAUAUGGUGAUCUUAUACAAGAUAUUUGGAGUGGCACUGCUAAGACUAUAGCGCCAUUAAAACUCAGGUGGACAAUAGGAAAAUAUGCUCCUAGGUUUAAUGGUUUCCAGCAGCAUGACUCACAAGAGCUUCUUGCAUUUCUUUUGGACGGCUUACACGAGGACUUGAACAGAGUACAUGACAAACCAUAUGUUGAACUUAAGGACAGUGAUGGCCGUCCUGAUGUCAUUGUUGCACAAGAGGCUUGGGAGAAUCACAUUCUUCGCAACAAAUCCAUCAUAGUGGAUUUGUUUCAUGGCCAGCUCAAGUCCAAAGUGACAUGCAAAGUGUGCGGACAUGAAAGUGUCCGGUUUGACCCAUUCAACUACCUGUCUCUACCUUUACCUAUGGAGAGCUAUGUCCAUGUUCAGGUUAUUGUUAUCCGGUUGGAUGGUUCUGUUCCUGUAAAGUAUGGCCUAAGGCUGAACAUGGAUGAGAAGUACAGCAGCGUGAAAAGUGCACUAUCUAGCCUGUGUGGGGUUCCUGCUCAUCUUCUCAGACUAGCUGAGGUCACAGCGGCCCAAAUCAAGAAUGUUCCUCCGGAUGACCAGAAGAUAAAAACAUUGGUCACCAGUUCAUUGUAUGCAUAUGAACUGCCUGAGAAUACGAGUUCAGGUUCUGUGUCAGGUGGGGAGGAGGAGCGACUGUCAUUGUGUUCACUGAAAUCGCAAAGAGAAGCCCAGACUUUCACAGCAAUCCAACGCUCCAUUCAACCCAAACAACAGUCAGCAGGAUUAACAAAAAUGGGCAACAGUAACGGAGACGUCGACUGUUUACAACAGCAACCUGUUAGCAAUAAAAGUGUUAUAGAUGAGUCCUCUCUUGUGUUGUCAACAAGUCCUCCUCCACCUCCUUCAGUGCCAGCUGCCCCCACCGUGGAGGUAAGGUGGCACCACAGUUUCUGCAUGCCUGCUGCAUUCUCAUGCUUCAAGUCAUCUUCAUCCAGCCCUGCACCUGUACCACCGGCACCAAGCACUGGUAUAGGAAUAGUGGAUGAGCUAUCACCCGUGUCACAGCUCCGACAGUCGAGUGGGAACAGCUCAGCAAGCUCAGGAAGUUUAGCUGGACUAAGUGAUACAGACACUGUGACAACUUUGCCUGGCCCAGCACAGGGCUUUAUUAUUGCUUUGCACCGAAAAAUGAUUCGACAGGAUGUGUACUUCAUGUCUUCACAAAAGACCAAGCCAAGCUUAUUCGGACUGCCUCUCAUCGUUCCUUGCUGUGAGUCAACCACUCAUCAGGAUCUGUACCAAGCUGUGUGGGUCCAAGUGGCUCGACUUGUUUCACCUCUACCUCCUUCUGAGACUGCAGCCCCAAAUCAUGCCCAGGAUUGUGAUGACAGUCUUGGCUAUGAGUUCCCAUUUGUCCUGAAAGCAGUUCAGAAGGAUGGUUCGCAGUGUGCAUGGUGUCCCUGGUACAGGUUCUGCCGCGGUUGUCGGAUCCAGUGCUGUGAUGCUGAAUUCAAUUUUGGUAGCAGCCAUCUUGCCAUCGAUUGGGACCCGACAGCAUUGCAUCUUCGUUACCAGACAUCACAAGAGAAGGUGUAUGUUGAACAUGAGAGUGUGGCUCUCACAAGGCAACAGCAGUCAGAGCCCAUUGAUCUUGACUAUUGCCUUGAAGCUUUCACCAAGGAGGAGCAUCUCGGUGAAGAUGAGAAAUAUUACUGCUCAAAGUGUCGAGAGCACCAGCUUGCCAGCAAGAAGCUGCAAAUUUGGAGACUUCCCCCAAUUCUUAUUGUACACCUAAAAAGGUUCCAGUUUGUCAAUGGGAAAUGGGUGAAGUCUCAAAAGGUGGUGAACUUCCCUUUCAAAGAUUUUGAUCCAACAGCUUAUUUGGCAUCUGUACCAAAACAUACUGUGGUGAGGCACAGGGAGCUGGAAAGGCUGAGGUUAGAAGAAGGGGAUGGAGAUUUCAUUUACUCCACACCACCACCCCUCAAUGGGGGACAAGAAGCAAUAAUAGCACCAGACAGCAAUUCAGAGGCAAUCAAAGUUGUGAACGAGAACACAGAGGCAGAACUUUCUAGUCCAAGGAGAAUCUUGGCUAACGGGGAUGUCCCAAACCUUCGCCUAUCAGUUUUGGCAAGAGAACGGUUAGAAUCCACGUCCUUGGUUCGAACUCCAGUCACAGACAGUGAUCUUCAGGAUUUCCAUCAACACCGGUUAAACUCGGGUGUCAAUCCAUUUGAUCUCAAGUAUCACCUCUAUGCCAUUGUUUCCCAUUCUGGUAUCCUGGGAGGUGGUCAUUAUGUAAGCUAUGCCUGCAACCCCAAUGGUAAAUGGUACUGCUACAAUGACAGCAGCUGCAAGGAAAUGAGUGAGAGUCAAAUGGAUACGAGUUCCGCAUACAUGCUGUUCUAUGAACGAGAAGGUUUAUGUCAACAGCAGUACAUGCCUAGUAUUGCCGGUAAGACACCUGAUAUACGAGAUCUCGAUGAUGACUUUGACUCAGACCUGAAGAAACUGUGCUGCAUAAUGUGAAGAGGUCUGGCAGUGAUUAGUUACAACGAGACUUCAUAAUUUAUUCAGAAGUGUGAUGGAACUGUUUUCCUCUAUUGCUCACUCACUAGGGUCUAUUCCUAUUGACUCAUCAUAGAGAGGAAUGAAGAUGCAGAUUUUUAGUUUUCUAUCCAGGUGAUUUGCCAAUGAUGGAACUCUUCUGUUACAACCAUCCUGCACCUUGUGGCGUGCACAGCAGAACUGUUAUUUAUAUUGUGGUUCGAAAGUUCUGACUGGGCUCCAUCCAUCCCUUUGGAAAAUUCACCUAUUCUGCUGUGCAUUUGAGCUCAGAUAUCAGCCCCACUCCCUUCAUGUAAUAAUAUACUGUUCCAGUUACAAAACACUUCCAUGAAAUUAAUAUUCAUAUAUCACAACAGAUAAUUGUUUUAAUGCAAUAUUACUAGUAUAUGAUUUGUUUUGAAUAAAUUUAUUAUAUAGUUUCGAACUAAAAAAAUUAUGCACAGUAUGUGUUACUUUUCUAUUUUAUAUGUAAAGAAAAAUCUUUUCUGAUUUAAACAUAUAAUUUUAUUUAAGUACAUUGAAUAUUUUGUUUCUAUAAAUGAAAAUAUCCACCAAAGCAGAUGAAUGUAUAGUGUCGGGUCAGAAGGAAUAGCUAUGUGGAGAGAAGGAAAACGUACAUCAGUAAUGCAGACUUAGUGACUGCAGCACAUACUGUAGUAAUCUCAGCUAGUAUAGGAUAUCAAGAAGAAUUCUAAAGAUCUGAGAGGCAUAUAUGGCAAAGAGUAGCAUGUUCAACCACAUGUCAUUUAGUUCUGAAGGCAUGCAAGAGAGUAUGUCAAUACAGUCAUGGCUUUGCACAUCAGCACUGAAAAAUGAAAGGAAAGUAAUGGAAGACUUGAAAAUUUAGGCAAUAUGAACUUAAAGACAAGCUGUACAAGUUAGGACUUUGACUUUGUAUCACAAGGGUUUCUUUCUCAUGCAAUGUUUCUUCUGCAUUGGAAUUGAAAUUCUACACAUAUAGUAACCCUGUAUGCCUUUGGGAUUCAUGUUGUGAUAUUUUUUCAUUCUUCCCUGGCUUCUCCAAAAAUAAGUAAUGUGUUAGUGUUUUAAUUAAUACUCUCUUAUCUUUUGCCAGUAAAGUUAUUUCUAUAGUUCUGGAACUGUUCCUCAUUUCUGCCCAAACAGCAAUCUUUGUAUAUAUGUGUGUGUGUGUGUGUGUGUGUGCACGCACGUGGGUGUGUAUGCACAUGCGUGUUCAUGACAGAAAGUAAUAUCUCAGAAAAUUUGUCUUAGUUUUUUCUAGUAUUUAUGCUCCAUCUCUGGCUAAGUGUUGAGAUCCUGUCAGAUGAUAGGAUACUGUCAAUAUUUUUCUGGUGCCAAGCCUUGGAACAGUUGCACAGGAGUUUGGAUAUUAACAAUAGAUAAUGAUAACUUUACUGUCAAAAUAGUGACAUAUUUCUGUGUUGCUGCAUUUAUAGUGCUUAUAUAGCAUGAGCUGUGGUUACUUCCUAGUUUUACAUGACAUGAAACUCUUUGGGCUGUAAUGUCUUAUAUUUCCAUAACUCUACAGUAAAUUCAAAGGAAUCAUCUGGAAAAUUAAUUUGUAGUACUAACAGUGAGACACAAAAUGUCUGAACCUUCACCAGCUCUCUCUUCCCUUGGAGUAGUGACUCAGUCACUGAUUAAAUUACACACACAGUUAAAUGAUUUAAUCUACUGAUAUUACCAUUCACCAACUCAAGAAUAAUUAUGAUCAUUUUUAAUUCCACUGUGCUAGUGAUCACUUCUGUGGUGGUUGUAUGAGGUAAACUUUUAUCUGUGAAAUAUACAUAAAUUAUGGCUUAUUGAAUACAAGAUAUUCUGCAGUGCUUUACAAAUGGCUGUUACCACAUGGAAUAUCUGUCAGUCUUCACAUUUCCUCACUAAACUGAUUGCUAGCUCAUUGCAUAUAAUCAUUCUUCUCCCAUAAAGGAGUGGAGGGUUUUGUUUGUAAUCAGACCAUUUUGGCCGGUAAUUGAGGUAUACUCCAUAAAAGAAAUUAAAAUAUAGAGAACACAAGAGCUAUAGAUAUAUGUCAUUGAGUCAUUAUUUGUGUUAAAUAGAAGCUGUAAGAACUUUCUACAAAUUUGAGUUUGAUUUCAAAAAGGUCACUGCUUUGUCUAUUCUAGAUUUAAAUUAAAUGAAGUUAAUAUUAUCAGUGCAAUCUUCUGAAUUGUUAUUAAAAUUAAACAGCUGCUGAGUCAACUUUUGCUGCAUAAGAAAAUAACCUAAAUUUACAACCCAAGUGGCAACAUUUGUAGAUUAAUAGAUUUUUCCCAUUCUAGUAUGUUACAACCAUAAUUUAGCACUCACAUAAUUGUUUUGGGGUUAUCUGAGCUCACAACAGAGUAUGUAAAGAAACUUCAACAAUUUUAUAAUGUGUUUUGUGGGAGGGGGCUGACCUUGUGUUUUGUAUAUUCUCAUACGCUGCAUUUUCUGCCUGGGCCCAAUUUAGCAAUACGACAAUUAUACUGAGCUUUGCAGACUAUAAAACAGUAUGGAAGGGAGUCAGUUCCUACCAUUACAACCUACAUUACAACAAAACUCUGAGAAAGAAGUUAGUGUAUGAUCUGGAGUGUUACAGGAUCGUUUAAAAAUAUGUAAGUUUUGUAAACACAUUCAGUAAUUCAGGCUCAUGGCUUACUCACUGGUAAUUACAGAAUUGGACUGUUACAGGCUGCUGUAAUUGAUAGGCUGUUACUGCUGUCAGACAUAAACAGCACAGUUGAUGUUUGUGCCAGAAUCUGAAGUAUAAGAUUACAAGUAUGGCAGUUGGAGUUGGUUAUUCUCUAUCAGGUUAUUCAAAAUAUACAGUAAGCAUGUAACAAACACAAACUUGUUAUUCCAGGAAUAGGAGUAAAUAAAUUAUAAAUGCUGGAAAGCUAAUUACCCAGUCAAUUACUUCAGUAGUGAGCAGUGAAGUAAAUUUAUUUUCAGACAACAUAGUAUAAACAAUUUAAUUUUCCUCAUUAAUUUUGUAAUAGUGGAAUUAGUUGAAUAACAGUUUCAUAUUAUGUAUAAGAUACAGUGAAAUACAUAAUGUUGUUACUUUGAUGACUAAAAUAUUAUAAUUGUACUUCCAUACAUGUUAUUAUGAAGUGCAGAUAUUAAUGUAUCUUUUUUACAUAUGCCCAUUCUUAAUUUUGUAAACGCCAAAGAUAUAUCCAUACUUAAAUUGAUUUCAUUAUUACUGUAUAGAAAUGUAAAACUGAGUGCCAUUUUAUAUCAUUAUUGUUACAAAGAAGUCACAAAAGGUGUUUCAUUAUUUAGCAUCCCAGAAUGUUUAUGUAGUGGUUAUGCUGCAAAAGUACACACCAUCUCUUUACAUCUGUUUGCUAGUGAAAUUUCGUUUUCUACAAGCCAGUGAUAGAAUCAAGUAAUAUUUCACUGUUAUGUACCUGUUUAUUUCGCAGUAGUUCUUAUAUAGUCAUCAUUUUAAAUACUCGCAUUAAAUCGUUCCAAAGUAGAUCACGAAUGUCACUGUUGCUGUGAUCACUCAUUUUGUACUAGUAAAUCAGUUGUAUCUGUUGAUUUAAAAUUUAGUCUUUUUCCUUUGGAGCUUGCAGAUGAAGUUUUCAAAUUUUAUUGGGAUCAAAUGGCAUGAAUGAAUUUUUGUGAAUGUUGGAGUGUUACUCAGUCGUCCAGGAAAAUGUAAAUUAUGUAAUUGGAAUGUCUUUAAUAAUUCAUGUGUAAAAAUGAUUUGUGAUUGGGGCAUUUGUAUCAUAAUAUUGUCAGCAGAGCUUUAUUAGUGACAAACAAUGAUGCCUUAUUUGUUUAGUUAAUAGAUUAUCCAGUGGCUACAGUAUGUUAUGGAUGAGAGAUUGAAGCUAAAUCCUGAUACAUUCCUAACUCCACUAGUGUAUCUUUUCUUUCAGGUUAUGUUCUGUAUGUAAAGGUGUUUACUGAUUCAGCUGACUCUUUGUAGUUGUUCACAACUGCAUUUAAACAUAGAUAUGUAGACACAAUUCGAGAUUGCAGCUGUUUGUGAAAAAACAUUACCCCAUGGUGAUAUUCAAUAUCUAAUGUUCAGCAAUUGUUGGUUUCCUUCUUCCCCAACCUUCAUCUCCCCCCCACAUAGAAUUGCCACUCUCAUAAUUCUCCUAAUUGUUGAUAUUAUAUAAAGGAAUUCAGAUGGAUAUAGUUGCCUGAUUUCUCAGUAAUUGUGAUACAAUAAUUAGAUGUUGCAGAUAUCUCAACACUUUCCCUGUUAAGUUUUUGCUAGUCUGUAACUGCCUGUAGGUAAAAUAAAACUGUAAUAUCCAUGCAGUGUUUCUAGUUAAUGCAGGCAGUGUGUAUUAUAUGUACAUGAGACUCUUUUAAUUCUGUUCAUUAGUUUGUAAAGUAGUUAUAAUUUGGAGUUAUCCUCAAAUGUUGUAUGUAAAAUGCAAUGGUUAGCUUAUAGUUUCAUUGAACUGAUGUAAUUUGUAUAUACUGUAUUAUUUUCAUAUGAUAUAUAUAUAACUAUACAUAAUAUAUUGGCUGAGAGUUUGUAAUUGAGAAA